ACGCUCAAAAGAUGGUAUUGAUAAUCAUAUUUUAUACUAUUUCUAUCUUUCUCUUAUCUCUUAUUUGCUCUAUUUAAACUUGCUCUGCAAAAUUUACGCGCUCAAGAAACUGUUUCUGUAUGUAAUUAUAUUGUACUUUGUGUCUAAUUUUGAAAGUUAAUCUUGUUUAUCUUCUAAUUUAAAAAAAAAGUUCAAAAUAGAUUAGAAAUAUAUAUCUUAUAUUUCACGUAUAUCGCAUAAUAUAUCGUAUAAUAUUUAUUAUUGGUAAAUAUAAUUUAAUACUUUGAGGUUACGUUCUACAAGAUCAGCAAGUUUUAAAAUUAUAACAAAAGUGCUGAAUAACAAUUUAACAAUAGUCUGAAGAAAAUAUGGAGAAUCAAUCAGAAGAAAUGGUAAAAAGCCAAUGCGAUUUGAAAUUUCAUGAAUUUAUGGCACAAAUUGGUGACUUGUCAAUUGUUUAUCAUAUGAUUAAAAUGGAAGAUUCUCUUUAUGUGUGGGUGGGUAAUUAUAAUGAUAAUACUAUGAAUGAUUUGUCUUUUGCAAUUAAAUCACCGUAUGAAAAGGAACCAGUUACAACAAAGAUAAUGGGAUCAAUCUUCAAUGAUUGUUCGAGUAAUCUUGCUAAAAGACUUUCAAAAAAACUUUCAAUGCCUGUUUACAUCAGUUUUAAUAUUUUUAAUCUUAAUAAUUUAUCUUUACUACUUAUUGAAAAAAGACUACGAGAUGAACUUAAUUUACAUCCUGAUUUUUUAAUUUAAUAUUAAUCAAUUAUGUUAUAUAAAUAAAUCUACAUUAAGCAUAAUAUUUUUAUAUA